AUCAGAAUCAGCUUUAUUGUCAUUACGCAGGGUAACGAGAUAUAUAUAUAUAUAUUAUAUAAUGUGUAUUAAAAAAUUUUAAACUUGUGAAAAAAUUGCAGGUGGAAUAUUUAAAAAAAAAAAAACGUUUAACAACAUUUCAUGACUACCGCUCCCAUAUUUACCGUAAUUUUAAUCAAAUUAAAAUCCACUUUUGAAUUUGGAUUAAUCAUGAAUACUCACAAGUUAUUUGCAUGCAUAGUUUAAAUUAACUUUUAAAAAGACCACAAUACUUCGAGACAAAUGUAUUAUUUUUUCAAAUUGUAAUUGGUCAGAAUGUCAAAAUAUAUGUAUUUUUUAAUUCUAAACUUAAAUGCACGUCAUUUAUUUGCUUUAUUUUAAAGUGAAAUUUACCACAAGCACACCAUUCGUAGUCUCACUCAUUUUUGCACUGACAAAUGCAUUGACCUGAUCACUUUUAGGUAACCAUCCGCAGUUAUGGUACUGUGAAAGAGAAUAUGCGAUCAAAAUAGUGUUAUGAAUAUGCGUAUGUUCAAGAGUACCGGUAAUGUGAUAUUUUUUGUGAUUGAUCACAUGAGUUAACUCGUUAUGUUUGAAAGCCCUAAUAAAUGUAAAUAUAGUUUAAAUACUGUAACUGGGUUCCUCUGGUUCCCAAGUUAUGUAUAUUUGACAGUUGUCACUCCAAGUGCCUUGAAUUUUCCUCUGCUUGCUAAGGUUGCAUGCUAGUUUGUGAAACGUGCACAAGUCUGCUUGUGGAGAUACUUUUUUUUUCAAUAAGGAAGAGGACUGUAGGAGUGGUCAAUGGAUGAAACACCCCUUCUUUUAUGACUUAAAGAUGAACCAGAGCCACUGUAAAAAGUAUUGAACUUCCCACAGGGACAACAUGGAUCACCUACUGCUAUUCUUUGGGAUGUUGCUCCUCCCUAAAGUUGACACUCUGAGGUGUUACGAGUGUGCAGCAGGAAGCUCAGGCUCCUGCAUUGAUGCGACAAAAGAGUGCCCCUGGCUGGCGGAUCACUGUGGUGCACUUCGACUUAUCGUAUUUCAUGACAAUGCUGUGAUUGCACAUAUCAAAGGAAAAAGCUGCACUUCUGCUGGUCACUGUGCAAAUGUCUCAGUCAAUUUUGGAGAGAGCAGAACUUUACUCACCAACAAAUGUUGCACCACUGACCUCUGCAACACGCUACCUGCACCUGAUGUCAGUAAGUCCAGGUCCAAUGGUAAAAAAUGUUUCAGCUGUAACGGGCUGCACUGCGACACCUCUUUAGACUGUCUAGGCAACGAGCACUAUUGCAUCUCAGCGACUUUGGAUGUCAAUGGCCAGAGAAGAACCAUGAAAGGUUGUGCCUCCAAGCAAAUGUGCUCCAACAAUCAACACGUGUCAGCGCUCAUAGGAGCAAAGGUCACCUGCUGUGAUGGCGACUACUGCAACAGUGCUGGUCAUGCACCAAGAGCUGGCCUUCUAAUAUUGCUCACACCACUGCUGUCUUUGGCGAUGUUAUCUUAACACAGUUCUUCUCAAAUAGUAUGACGAACCCCCAUGGGGGGUGUGCGGUGCGAUGCCAGGGAUGGCACGUGUGUUCCCGGGGAAAAUGUUUGAUCAAUAUCAUGCAGAAACCCGCUUCAAAACCCGCUUCGAAAAGCUGUACAUUACAAUACAUACCCAUUGUAGCCAUUAAUCCUGACUUCCUCAUUUUGAUUAAAUAAAUCGGCACAAAUUGCUUUUAUCCAUUUUUGUUUUGUAGGUUAAAGAGAGUGGGGGUGUGUAAAAGGUUUUUGUCUUCAUAGGGGAGGUGUAACAGAAAAUAAUUGAGAAGAACUGCCUUAACCCCUCUAACCAAUGAGCUUCAAGAGGUAGUCACCUGAAAUGGUUUUCACUUCACAAGUGUGCUUGAAGCUCAUCGAGAGAAUGCCAAGAGUGUGCAAAAAAACGUAAUCAGAGCAAAGGGUGGCUAUUUUGAAGAGACUUGAAUAUAAAACAUGUUUUCAGUUAUUUCACCUUUUUUUGUUAAGUACAUAACUCCACAUGUGUUCAUUCAUAUGAACCCUAAAGAGUAUCUUAUUCACCAUUUGAUUGGCAGCAGUUAACGGGUUAUGUUUAAAAGCUCAUGCCAGCAUUCUCCCCUGCUUGGCACUCAGCAUCAGGGGUUGGAAUUGGGGGUUAAAUCACCAAAAAUUAUUCCCGGGCGCGGCGCCGCUGCUGCCCGCUGCUCCCCUCACCUCGCAGGGGGUGAUCAAGGGGAUGGGUCAAAUGCAGAGGACACAUUUCAUUACACCUAGUGUGUGUGUGACAAUCAUUGGUACUUUAACUUAACUUUAACUUUACACAUACAAACUGUAGCACACAAAAAAAGCACAUUUAAUUAAAAAAAACGUUAUUAUGGUCUUACCUUUAUGUAAUAUAUUGGGUUGGAGGCAAUAACCAGGCGAGGUGAUGAAAUACGUCUCUUUACUGUAGACUUCAGAACAGACUCAACACACUUGACAUCAGGUGCGCAACACCACGUAAAUCGUUGGCCAACCAAAAAGUAACCCCAGUACGCUAUAGCCAACAUUAACCAGGAGAUGGAAACAGACAAACAUAGAUCACUCUAUUACAUUCCACCCCUUUUAGAAAUGUAGAAGUUACUCAAAAGAAAUAAACAA